CACUCCAUGAUGCCUCCGUACUUUCCAUGCAAUUCGCCAUUAAAAAAGAAUCCACUUACUGGUCAUUGUGAUAUACCAUGUGCGUGGACCUAUUUUACACCUGCUGAAGAUGUUGCACAACGUAUAAUUGACAAUACAUCACUGACAAUAAACCUGGUGGGAUUUGUGUUCGUUUUGUUGACUUGGAUUUCACUGAAACAAUUGAGAGUGUUUCCUAAUAUCAUCCCAUUGUAUAUACAAGGGACGUCCUCUUGUAUUUCUUUGCUCAUAAUAAUUGGUAAUGGAAUGAAAACCGAGAAAGCAUUUUGCUCUCAUGAGUUUUUGCGUGAGUCAAUAGCACAUCCAACACCAUUCUGUGUAGCGCAAGGCAUGCUGAUUCAGUACUUCUCUAAUGUCACUGCCUUGUGGUUUGCUGUAUAUAGUUUCUGUCUGGUUCAGAUGAUCUUUUCUCAAAGCACACUUGCUUCUAAUCAACCAACCAAAUGGAAACAUGCUAUCAGUGCUGCUUUUUGUUACUUGUUGCCGUGGAUUCCUGUUUGCAUUGUMUUCAGCAAAAACGGUUAUGCUACAGUCUCUUUUGGUAGAAUAUGUCUUCCGCGCAAUUAUGAUCUUACUUUCUAUACAAAUACAUUGAUAACAGAGGUUGCCCUAGGAAUUGGUUGCAGUUGCCUUCUCGUUGUCGUUUUCAAGCUGUUUAGGCUGCGUAAUCUUGGUGCUGUCGAAGGAGAGCAGAGUAAAAGACGCAAUCGCAGACUUAACAAAGUUGCCAUUCGUCUUCUUUGCUUGAUGUUUGCCUUUGCUAUUUGUUCGUCGCUGGUCUACAUCCCCAUGUGUGUUGCUGCCAGAGACAAGAACCUCUUGGAGUAUUAUUUACGCAAUUAUUUAAAAUGUUUGAUGUUUUCUCCUCCCACUGCCUGCAAGAAAAAUCAAGUUGAAUUUGAAAACCACACAAAUGCAAAGGCUUUCAUAGUUUCCUAUGUUAGCUCGGCGUUAUUUGCGGUAUCAACUGUAUGCUUCCUGGUCAUUAAUAAACAGUCGAGACGUUUGUGGAGCUUCUGGUGGCAAAAUCUUGUUAAUUGCUGUUGCCUUCMAGCGUUAGAAGAAAAUAGAAGUUAAWCUUAUAUUGACAUUUCACAUCACAUCCUCACAUUUUYAAUUUUAGAUGCAUUGCUCUYAAGGUGAUAUUCAGAAAUCCGUAAUUGUACGUAAUUACGUCAAAAUCAUGUGGGGGAUCAAGAAAUUUUGAACUGUAGAUGGCGAUGUGGUUAUGUCCUUCAAAGUAAACAUUGCCUCGUAAUGCUAAAAUAAUGGUAGUUUUUUUUGUCAUUACCUGAAAGCGUUAUCUAAUGUACAUCUAUAUUAUUGCAAGUGAUCAGGCCAGUUCGCUACCUAUUUCCGUAGUAUCGUACGAAUUCCAUAUAUGGAUGUUAAUAUGCAUACCUUUCAUGUACAAGUAAAAGGCAAUCGUGUCCCUAUGUA